ACCUCAGGUCAACAUCAUGCUGGCUCUCAUCCUAGUCGCUUUUCUCUCCACCACCUUGGCCGUUCGACCAGGUUUUAUCGGAUCCGGUAACUUAGAAUGGAGGGACUGUGCUAAUUCAGCCGACUCAUGGGUCUCCAUCAGCAAAUUUGACAUCUCCCCUAAGCCAAUCCCACUUCCCGGUGAUAUGGUCGUUGAACUGAACAGUGAUCUCAGUCAUCUGCUGAAGGAUGCCGUCGGUAUGGAUGUUGUUAUUGAGAAGGAACUGCUCGGACAAUUCACUAAAAUAGUCUGCGUCAAGAAUGUCGGAACAUGCCAUUAUGAUGAUCCAUGCCAUUUCUUGAACGUAUUUAAAACCGACGCUGGGUGUCCCAAGCAAUUAUCUGAUAAUGGUCUACCAUGUACCUGUCCAUUUAACCCAUUGGCGAUCAACCUUCCACCAAGUACAUUUACAGUCACUAAAAUUAAUUCUGCAUGGGGUUUCCUGGCUACUGGAACCUACCGCAUUAAGGUCACUGUGACAGAGAAAGCCACAUCUACUGUUCGAGGGUGUCUUGAAGCAUAUUUAAAUAUUGCUAGAUAAAAUAUGGUGCAUUU